AUGACUGCCGAACCAAUCGUUCAUGAUAUCUAUGAAGCUGUCACAGGCACCUGGCAAUAUGUUGUGGCAGACCGCCAAACCCUCGCGGCUGUCCUCAUAGACACUGUUCUCGACUUUGAUCCAGCCAGUUCCAUAAUCACAACGGGCACUGCCGACGGCAUCCUCGCCUUGGUUGCCGAUAAGGGAUACACCAUUGAGAAGAUACUCGAGACUCACAUCCACGCCGAUCACCUUAGCGCGGCAAACUACCUGCAGACCAGGCUCGGGUCGACCCAGCAAGCCCCGCCUGCCGUAUGCAUCGGCAAGCGAAUCCGACAGGUCCAGCAGCAUGUUGUCGCGACCUACGGCGUGCCGGAAGAGGAACUCACGCACGCGUUCGACCACGCCUUUGAGGACGAUGAAGUCUUCUCCGUCGGCACCCUGAGCGCCUCUAUUCUACACCUGCCGGGUCACACGCCGGACCACAUCGGGUACCGUAUCGGGCCCAACGAUGUAUUCUGCGGAGACUCCCUUUUCAACGCCGACGUCGGGUCCGCACGUUGCGACUUCCCGGGGGGUAGCGCCACCGACCUGUACGCCUCAGCGAGGAAGCUCCUGACGCUCCCAGACGAGUGCAGAAUCUGGACGGGCCACGACUACCCACCGAAGGCCGAGGGGCGGCACGACCCCGUGCCAUACCAGACGGUCGCCGAGCAGAAGAAGGACAACAAGCACCUCAAGCAUGGCGUCGGAGAGGAUGAGUUUGUCAGCUGGAGAGCGGAGCGGGACAGUGGUCUCGCGGUUCCACGGCUCAUGCACCAGGCGCUGCAGGUGAAUGCGCGCGGCGGGCGGAUGCCCCGCGCGAACGGGUCUCAAGUAGGAGCGCUGCAUAUACCGGUGAGGGUCGUGGGCGAGGGUUGGUGA